UAUUUCAUCUAUAUCCUUUUCUCCCAACCUCCCCUGCUAUAUAUUUACUCCCAUGCACUUUUUAUUCUCCUCUUCAUCAUUCUAAUUUCGAACACAAUGUCCACCAGAAGAUCCUCUUCCGCUGCUCCAACUUCCGCCGGGAUGACCGAUGCUCAAAUCACCGAUCUCGUCUCCAAGUUGCAACAACUCAUCCCUCAGCUCCGCUCUACGCAUUCCGACAAGGUUUCUGCGGCAAAGGUGUUACAAGAGACUUGUACCUACAUUAAGACCUUGCAUAGAGAGGUUGAUGAUCUUAGCGACCGAUUGUCCCAGCUUUUGGCCAACACAGACUCAAAUACCGCACAAGCAGCCAUUAUUAGGAGCUUACUUAUGUAA